AUGCAUGGCACCAAUUCACGUUGGGAUGUGCCAACUGUGAGCCGGUGCCAGCCGGGUGCUGAGGGCAGCGGAGGGGAGGAGCCCCUGAUCCCAAACUCGGUCAGCUGUGUACGCCUGCUGUCACUCUCCGACAGCUCCAUGUGCUCCUGCUGCUUCUCCGGCCAUCUCUUGGGGUUAUUUUUUUUUGUUUUGUUUUAUGUGUUGGUGACCCGGGCCCACAUUAACGUCCAGUCCUACCCUGAACGCAGCACGGGCAACGGCAGAGCGCCGGUCAGAACAAAGUGGCUGAUUGGACUUGUGUUCAAUGAACAGGCGGGCCAACACCUGUCAAUAGACCUGACUCUUCAGCGCUUCAGUGACAUCGUCCACAGUGUGGCAGGUCGCUGUCAGAUAUUCAGAGAGGGGAUGAGCACCUCAGCUCGAUACAUGUCCCAGAAGGACUUCAGCUGGGAUCUGCCUCAGGAGCCUGGCAGGAGGGUUAUCAGUCAAGAGCCGCAGCCCUCAGUGAGCACCGCUGCUCCAUCUCUGACGAGUCACCAGGCCACAAAGAGAUCUCGUUCGCCUCACUCAGAAACUGCCAGCAAGAAGUUUAAAUCUGAUGAGGGGACGAGCGUGGAAGUGUCCCUCAGCCAAUCAAAGAGUGGAGGCCUCAAGAGAGCCCGCACUCCUGAGUCAGAGUCACGGAGCAAGAGGGUCCGAACUGAUCAGCUGAGGCCCGCUGAAACCUGA